AUCAAAGUCAAAAACCCGCCUUGUUUCUCAACGGGUCGGAUUUUGGAGUCCGUGUAACUCGUCAAUUUGAAGCAUCUCUCUCAUUUCAAACGCUGAAUUUUGUUUUCUCUGAAAAUUCCCCCAAUUCAUCUUCCCCUCAAACCCCAAAACCACAAAAGUGCGAAGAACAAACAAAUCAAACCAAACGAAUUCCAUCCCUAACCUCCAUUGACGAUUUCUUCAACAAAUAAAGGUUGAUUUUGAAGGACGAAAUUGACGAAAAUGUCGUGGUUGAGAACAGCGGUGAGCAGAGCGGUGGAAGUUGGGAACAAGAACAAUUUAACUCGCACCGUCAAAAAUUACGCCGAUUCUGUCGUUCAACAUGCUGGUCAAGCCGUUGCUGAGGGCGCCAAACUCCUCCAAGAUCGUAUUGGAGUUCGAAACCAUAAAAGCUUUAAGAAUGCUGUCAAGAGAUUAGAGGAGGUCUCCAUCAGCUGCAGGGGGCCAGAAAGAGUUCAGCUAUUGAGAAGAUGGUUGAUUCUGCUCAAAGAAAUUGAUAAGCUAUCCGGAGAUUUGACUGAAGAUACUGUAACAACUCUCGAGCAGCAUCUUGCUUCAGAUGAUACCAAAGAGAACCCUAGGAAACCAUCAUCAGUUCUGUUUUAUGAUUCUGAUGACCAGAGUGAACCAAUGAACUUCCGGGAUGUUUUUCUUCACAGCCAGGCUCUUGAGGGCAUUACCCUGUCAAUGAUACUUGAGGCACCAAGUGAGGAAGAGGUCUCUUUACUUCUUGAGAUGUUUGGGCUCUGUCUCACUGGUGGAAAAGAAGUCCAUCAUGCUGUAGUAAGUAGUAUUCAGGAUCUGGCACAAGUUUUCUCAAGCUAUGAAGAUGAAGUACUGGUAAAACGAGAGGAGUUGCUACAGUUUGCUCAAGGUGCUAUUUCAGGGUUGAAAAUAAAUGCCGAACUAAUGAGAGUAGAUAAUCAAGCUUCAAAUCUUAGGAAAAGAAUUGAUGAAAUGAGAAAUCCACUGGAGGUUUCAGGUGUAGGUCUUCAGCAGCCGCCUGUCACAAAUUCUACUAGUGCUACAAUAGAGGGCUUAAAGCAAGCACUUGCCCAAAUUCGCCUUUGUUCAACACUAGAACGUUUGUUGCUGAGGAAGCAAUCACUAUACAAUGGAGACACCCCUGAAAUUCAUGCCCAAAAGGUUGAUAAAUUGAAAGUCUUAUGUGAGUCUCUCGCGAAUUCUUCUACAAAAUCUGAGAAGCGAAUAUCAGAUACCAGAUCCCAAAAAGAGGAGGCUCUGAAAUUUCGUGUGUCGAAAGAAAGUGAAGUUAGUGAAAUGGAGAAGGAAAUAGGAGCUGAAAUUGCUGAACUUGAGAAGAAAAGAGAUGAACUUGAAGCUGAAUUGAAAAAGGUGAAUAGCUCCUUGGCUGCUGCUCGUAAACGUCUUCUAAUCACAAGGGAAGAAAAAGACCAAUUUGAUGAAGCUAACAAUCAGAUUCUAGAACACCUUAAAACGAAGGAAGAAGAACUAUCACGAUCAGUUGGUUCUUGUAAAUCAGAAGCAGAUGUCCUAAGGACCUGGGUCAAUUUUCUUGAAGAUACAUGGGCACUUCAAUGCACAUUCAUGGAGUCCAAGGAAAAGCAGGCAAAUGAUGAAUUGGAGAGACAUGAGGACUUCUUCGUGAACUUGGCCAUUAAGCUUCUCUCUCGGUACAAGAAAGAACUGGAGCCUUCAAUUGGCCGUAUUAGGCAAUAUGUGGAGAAUCUUAAGUCAUUAAGUGGAGGGUCAAACAUAGUAUCAGAUGGAGAUAAUGAAGAUUUCAAAAUAUCAAACCCCAGAAGAAAUUUGGAGGAGGAAUAUUUGGAUUAUGAGGCCAAGAUUGUGACCACGUUUAGUGUCGUGGACAACAUGAAAGAGCACAUGUAUUCCAAAGGAGGAAAAAUUGCCAGGAAAGAUGAUUCAAAAGUCAAGGAGCUUUUUGAUGAUAUUGAGAAGUAUAGAAGGGAGUUUGAAUCAAUUGAAAGACCAAUUUUGGAGAUGGAAUCCCCAAAUAGGGAGCCAGAGACACCAACUAGCGAGAAACCACAGGAUAUUCUUUCUCAAUCACCUGCAAGACCUACUAAAGGUUUGGAAGCCGAGGAGCAUAUUGAACCUUCAACAGUAAAUAAAGAGCAGGUGCUUGACCAUGAAGCUGAGUUGGCAAAAUUAGAGUCUGAAUUCGGAAAGCUUGGUGAAGAUUACACGUCUGAGGAGAUAGGUGGCUGGGAAUUUGACGAACUUGAGAAAGAACUAACAAGCAAUGAGACAAGAAGCUAAAUGGACUGAUAGUUUCAAUGUGAAAAUCCUUGUUAUAUAUGUGUAAUAAAUUGUCCCAGCUGUACAAUUAUCUUGAGUUUGUGAUCUCCCUACAAGCAUUGUUUUUCGCUCAAGGGCAAUUACAAUCACAUGUAACUUAUGGGCUUGUAAAUUCUUAGGCAGUGUUAAAAUAACUGGAAUUUGAUAUUCUCGCUUCUUCUGUACCUCAAGUGUCAUAUCCUACUUGUACAAAUUAUUGAUGUUUAUGCGAUGUUAUUCGUGCUGGA